CAGGACGCCCACUAAAAUUAACGUUACGCCAUUACUUUCCUUCAAAUGAGAUAACUGCUUCGGCUGCAAACGCAAAGCAGAGUUUUCAACAUGGCGGGCACAGGCUCCUCAGGUUGCUGUCGUUGGCUGAAGAAAGAGCAGGAUACAUUUCACUGACGACCGCGAACAAGAAGUCAGCAAAGACAAGAACAAGAUGAAAAAGAAGAAUUGCUGCACUUUAACCCUCCACAACCAGAAACCCUAAAGCUGUGAAAGAGUGCAGUCAAAACUGGUAACAGCUAAGGACUUCGUUGCAAUAUUAGCUGCAUAUAGCUAAUUGGCAGGCUACCUAGCUAACGCUCCGGCAGCAGCUCUCCUCCCAGACGAACCAUGACUCCUCAUCAGCAAGUUGUCAACCGCCAGGCGCACCCCUCCGUAAUCACCCAGAAAGUGCAGUUAACUUAUAAACUCUUUUUGCUGGAAAGUGCCCGGAAUACACUUGAACAAGAACUUCUUAACUUCACCAACAAGGCUUAUGAAGGUGUUCAAGGUUUCUUGAAUUCAUCUUUUCCCACGAGUGUUUUCAAGGAUCUUGCUCAGGCUUUGGAUACGAAAUGUCAAGCCAUUGUCAAGCUCUCAGCUUCAUUAAAGGACCUCACGGUUGAGCCAGAAGUUGGUGUCAAAAAUGGAGUGAGAACAAACCAACUUCAUCCACUCAAAGAUAAAGGGAUCCUAAUGACAGAUGUUCUCAAGUUUGGGCCCAUGUUGCAGAACUCGCUCAUGGCGAGCUCCAUAGCCAAAGCAGUCCAGGUGCUUGGAGCCACACUGUCUCAUCAGCAGUUGAAACAUUUCCUCAUCUCCCAGCCCGCAGCAAUCCAGCAGGAUGACAUGAUGUGCAGCAAGUCGUCCAGCUACAGCACCGUUGUGACCACGAGCUCGCCCUCUCACUUAAAAGCUGAAGAAAAAGAACAUGGUGUUGUUUUUGAGGAGAAACGCCCGCCAGAUGCUGUGACUCUUCCACCUGUUAUUCAGAGUUCCACGAAUAAUGCAGAGAGGCCACCAAUACUGCUACCUCCCAUACAAGCUAUACUCCCAGAGAUCAGUAACCCUAAACCAAUGAAAAUUGCACCGCUAAUAAGCUGGGGGUGUGAGGAAGAUGUCCAGGUGCAACACCAAAAACAAACAUCCUCUCAGCUGCUUCACUUCCUCAGAGCAAAAGCUAAAAACAUGGGUGUACUAGAGGUCAGUGUCGUGGAGUGGAGGAAAAGUAAGGACACUUCAAGUUUGCCACAGUUCAUGUCACCUGCCAUCAAAACACAAAGCUACCAAUUCAGACAUGUUGUGACAGAUGAUCUGAUUGAUGCGUUAGCUCCAAAAAUGUUGAGUGCAGACAUUGAAAACCAAGCCCCAGUCUUCAGGGUGAAAAGAGUAGAAUCAGGUGGCUCUCUUACCUACACUUGUGUGAUUGCAACAAAGACUGAAUUGUGGGAUUUUGGAGACGUCUUCACAAAGGAGGGACAGGGGGACUCCGAAGACAGCUCCUUGGAAAAUAACAGCAGAAAUAUAACCGCUCGUGAGAAGAAUUCCUGUGUAAACAUCCAGUGGGAAACCCAAACUCUCCAAUGCACAGAACCUGUACAUGAGAGCAGUUCUGCUGGUGCGAAAACACCAGCGAUCAAAAGUAUUACCAUUCCUGAGUUUCAGAUCCGGAAGUUUGAAGAGGCUGAAGUUGUGGUGUCUCAUAUUGUCACCCCAAGCAACUUCUACGUCCAGCACACAGACUCCAUCAUGAAGCUGCAGGCCCUUGUCACAGACAGCUGGAAAGCCAGUAGUUCAUAUGCCGAGCAGAACUGCAUUCCAGACAUUGGAACCCAAGUAAUGGGUUGGUUCCCUAAGCAAGAACAAUGGUGCAGGGCUCAGGUGACGAAGAUAUGUGGAGUUAGUGGAGAUAAUAAUGCCAUUGACGGUGCUGGGAGGGAAACGUCCAUCAAGGUGGAGAUGAAGAGGCUGGACUACGGUGACACUGCCUGCCUGUCACUGUGGAACACCAAGGAGCUGACCCCAGAAAUGGCCACCCUACCCCUUCAGGCGAUACAGGUCUCACUGGCAAAUGUGACCCCAGUGAAUGGGAAUGAUUGGACUGAGGAGGCAGUAGACUGGUUCCAAGCAAUGGUGCACAACAGGACUCUCUAUGCCAGACUUUACCCACAGGGGCCCAAAGUCGAGCUGUUCUUGGAAAAGGGAAAGCUCGGAGCUAUGAGGAGGGGUGCAUCACUGUCUUUGAGACUGGCCCAGAACGGACAUGCAAAACAUAACAAACUGAAGAAUUUCGGUGUCAUAAAAAGAGGUGCUGUUCAACUUAAAAUGAGGAAACAUGACUCUGAGUGGGAGAAAUACCUCAUCUCGUGCUAUACUCAAAGCCAGAAGUAAUUCAGAAAGCAGGGAAUGUGUGUAGUUAUGUUAAGUUAAAAACACAAAUGGCAGCCCUGCUAUGUAGCAGCCACAUUUGAGCAUUGAGACAUGUAUUGGUUCUUAAAUGAUCCGGUUUUGAAUGACCAUCUGUGUAGUUAGUUAACAUACAGUGGGCGUAAAGUAAAGGUUACACAUUGACAAACUGCUGUAAUUGGCACUUUUCAGUACAAGGAUAAAUUGAGAAUUUUUACAUAAAUAAAAUAUAAAUACAGAUGAAUGUUUUGAAGUAGUACCCAUUUAGUUUCAUGUAUCAGCUUCCUUGUGUAUUUUAUGCUUUAGGUACACUUCACAAGCUAUUUCUAGUGAUUGUGAGUGUAAAGUUCAUAGUGGAAAUUUCUGUUUUGGUCUUUCUUUAACAUAAAUUACUCUUUUUAGAGUCUUAACACAUCGUGCCUAUUAUCUUUAAAGCAGUGCUAGAAAAAUGGGGAAACGAGAAUAAUUUUUAUGUGAUGUGUGGGGACACGAAUACCUAAUUAUGGUGCAUGUUUUGUUGUUUUAUUUGCUUAUAAAGACACUGUUUUGUGUGUCUGCAUUCUGUACAUUUUCUUAAGACAGGAAGUGUGUUUCAAGUUCUGGUUAUUCGAGUCACUAGAUGGUGCCAGUUCAGUGUAAUUACCUGCCCUCUAUUAAGUGAUACUUGAUUUAUCUGUAUGCCACACACUGUAGGUUCAUGUUAUUUCAUUUAUAUGUUUUACUUUACUUUGAUAAUAUUUAUUAUUAGAGCCAUGUUGCCUUAGUUAAUAUUGAGUUCUUGUAAAAUGGCAGAUUUGUUAUUUUGGAUGUACAGUCUUUCUCUAUCUCUCUCUCUGUAUAUAUUAUAUCUCUCUAUCUAUCUAUCUAUCUAUCUAAAAAAUCUGCUUCCAUAAUAAAACUGUAUCUACAGUUG